AAAUCACAUGUGGUCUGAUUAUUUUCCCUGUGUCUGUUCAGGUCAAGGAGCGUGUUUGCAUCUUUGGUACCACAUGUGUGGCGCGGGCAUGGGGGUGCUGAACGUUUACCAGCAGAGUGAGGAAGGGAAGCGAGCUCUGAUUUUCUCUCAGACGGGAGACCAGGGCCGGCUGUGGAGGCUCGCUCAGGCUUCACUUCUGCCCCGGGUUCAGCCUUACAGGAUAGUGGUGGUGGGUGUAAAGGCUGGCCCUACACAGGAGGGAGACAUGGCUUUUGAUGAUGUCAUGCUGACAGACACUCAGUGUCCUACUCAUGGACGUUGUGACUUUGAGAUCAACAUGUGCAGCUGGACCAACCUGGGAGGAAAAGUCGACCAGGGGGACUGGCUCCGCGGCAGUGGAGCCUCCCCAAACCCCAACACCGGACCCAGUGUUGAUCACACCACAAACUCUACUAACGGUCAUUAUCUGUACGUGGACAGCUCAGUGGGCGAGUGGGGAGACAUGUCCUUUGUGGUUAGUGAUGUGUUCCCUCCGUCCACCAGAGGUCACUGUCUGUCAUUCUGGUAUCACAUGUAUGGCAACCAUGUUGGGACUCUAAGAGUUUACAUAAAUGACAGAAACACACACACUGGUGGUAAUGAAGAAGGAACUCUGGUGUGGAUAGAGGCAGGAAACAAAGGAGACAAGUGGAACGAGGCCAGAGUGUCUAUUAAACAUACAGAAGCAUUUUGGUUUGUGUUUGUGUACCAGAGGGGGAUGACUACAGGGGGGGAUGUUGCUCUUGAUGACAUCAUCAUACUCUCCAGCGGUUGCUACACAGACCCCAUUGGCCCUACUGAUCAUAAUAAUGACAUGUCCGUGGGUCUGGCAGUGGGUCUCACUCUGCUGGCUGGAGUCAUCAUCACCAUCCUCCUCUUCAUGCUGAACAGAAAGUGGAGAACAAUGAACGAGCCGUCACUUAUGGACAACAACUCAACUGACCAAAACUCUGCUUUGGACGUUUUUGAAAGCAAAACAGAUGUCACACAACAUGAAUCUGACUUCUCCUUCUUCAACAAAAUGUACGAUCCUUCCACGAAUGUGCCUGACACCGCUACGACCUCAUCUAAUGCCUAGUCCAGAUUAAUAUCUACAAUCAGUCACAUAAACCACAUGUGUUAUCAGUGCUGGUGUUCCCUCAAACAAAGAUGUGUAAUGGCGGGAUCAGUGGCUUUUUCUUUCAAUAACGACAACUGGAAAUGUAUUAUAUUAACAUGCGUUAUUUAUUGCCUGAAAAUCCUUCCAUGCAGAGAAACAGAACUGCCUAGCUGAGAAUAAGUGACGCUUGUACUUUGAAAAUUAAAACUGUGUAUAAAUGAAACUAAGAUUCGGUCUUAGCUUAUCUCUUGCUGUUUGUUGUGGAACCAGCAGAAUCAACUCUCCUGUUGAACUGGUUUUUGGUAAUGGAUGAGGUGUGAACAAUGCUGAGUAAAGUGUUUCUGUCUAAAUCUUACAGUGUCAAAGUGAAAGUCAACUACAUUGAAAAAGACAGAAAUAAUAACUGUGUUUUCUCAUAGUUUAUGAAAAAUUUUGUUUGUUCAUGAAGUAUAUAUGUGAGACUUAAAAAGAUAAAACAUCACUUUUUUUUUUAAAUGGCAACAAAUAUAAACUGUAAAUGAUCAACAGUGGCUUUAUGUGCCAGGUAAGCACAGAAAAACAAACGUGUAAAAGUGUGCAAAUAAAUUCAAUCUCUAUCUUGUGA